AUGUAUUAUCAGAAUCCACCAGCUGAGGCAGUGCCUGCUGCGCUGCCAUCAACAACUGCAAUAAAAAAUCGUAGAUGGUUUUCCGCAGUUCCACUAAUUGCUUUAUGCUGUUUCGGGAUAUUGGGUUUGCUAUUAGUAGCAACUAUUGUUUUAGCCUUGAUACCUGUGUAUCUACCAAAACGGACAGUGGCACUUGAAGCUAAUCUAAGUAAGUCAAAGACUACAUAUUUCUUAUGAUGGGUUGUAAUCAUCUGCGAAAGAUUUGUGUGCCUCCUAGGGGCAUUCGUCUCACCAGCUGAUAUUGUAGAACACAUCGAAAAACAGUACGAGCAGUGUUCGUACUAUAUCGCUUCAUAAAAAGGCUGAUUAUGCCCCGUUUUCUGAUGUCAUUUCCCAACACCUGCAGAGGAAGGACCCUUUUUUCAGCCCUCAUUUUUUCUAAUCCGUCACCUGUUCAUCUCGGCUAAUAUGUGUUAACCAUCCGCCGCUUACUACAGUUUUACCAGAAUGGCAAAGUAUAGGCUGAAAGACAAGAAUGAUUUUUGUACUAAAAUUGGUAUGUUUUCUACUGAGCACUUACAGUUUCUUGAUAAUCAUAGAGUCGGCAUCACCAUCACUACUACUGAUAACUACGAAACACAUAACCACCUCCAAUCUGUUCAAAUUCUUGGUGGAGAAUCGGGUGAUCAAAAAGGGAAACGUAAUAUUCUGUUUGUAGGAAGUUCAUACUUGUAUCCUUGGAAAAAGUCUGAACAAUAAGACUACUCUCUAAAAAAAAACGUUUAUUACGAAACUUAAAAGGGUAUAGAGAAGUGGGCGGGGGGGGGGGCCGUGUUUGGUG